CACUCACCUGCAUCACGUAAGUUUUUUGUGAUGGCUCCAAAGCAUGUCGGAACACUUUAACUAAACAACAAACGAAGUCACUGUAUAUGCGUAUCAACCGAAAGCCUGGUUCCGUAUUUUGUACAUUGUUUUUAUGAAAAUACUUUUGUUUUUUUAAUUGGCGGUGAAUACAUUUGUCGAAGUUUAUGAAAACUUCAGUUCCAGAUGCGGUUAAUUCAAACACUGUACGUUACGUAGAACUGUCGACAAAUGUCCCCCAAAUACACGACGUCAGGGGGAAAAAGCGACAUUUCCACUAAAUAACCGACGUUAAGGCGAAAAAGCGACAUUUCCCCUUUAUUUCCCCUUUCGUCCGCUUUAUUUCCCCUUUUUUCCCCUUUAUUUCCCCUUUUUGUGUUGCUUGGUGAUUUCUGUGAUCUAGGAAUAUAUUUUUAUAUUCUAAACAUCUACGUCGCUGUUUUUAAAAAAUUAUUCUGGCAUGGUUCAUGAAAGUCAAGGACCUCAUAAAUCAACUCUUAUUGAACAAACGGUAAAAGGAGCCAUAGCAGGUGGAGUCACUGGAGCAAUUGAGAUUUGCAUCACUUUCCCGACUGAAUAUGUUAAGACACAAUUACAACUUGACGAACGUAUGGGUAAUGCCAGACAAUAUUCGGGACCCAUCGACUGUGUAAAAAAGACGGUAGGAUCUUAUGGUUUUCGUGGUUUGUAUCGAGGUUUACCUGUUCUCCUAUAUGGCUCUGUUCCCAAGUCGGCUGUCAGAUUUGGAGCAUUUGAAGAGUUUAAACGUCAUAAUUUAUCUCCAGAUGGAACUCUUACAGCUGGAAGAAAACUUUUAUGUGGUUUAGGCGCAGGGGUUUGUGAAGCUAUAAUGGUAGUUACUCCGAUGGAAACCAUCAAAGUGAAAUUUAUUAAUGAUCAAACAUCUAGAAAUCCACAUUAUCGUGGUUUUUUCCAUGGCUGUGGCUGUAUCAUCAAAGAACAUGGGAUUACUGGUAUGUACAAAGGUGUAACACCGACAAUUCUGAAACAAGGAAGUAAUCAAGCCAUUCGUUUCUUUGUAAUGGAAACUUUGAAGGAUGGUUAUCGACAGUAUCGAGGUGACAAAACUACUGGACUACCUGUCCCAAAAUUACUAACUGGAUUAUUUGGGAUUAUUGCUGGUGCAGCAUCCGUCUAUGGAAACACACCUCUGGAUGUUGUCAAAACUCGAAUGCAAGGCCUUGAUGCACAUAAGUAUAAAAAUACACUUCAUUGCGCUUGGAAAAUAUGGACUGAAGAAGGCUUUUUUGCACGUUCAGACAAGAUUUCUGAAUGAAACGUUGGAAUCAUUUACAUUGCGAUCAUUGAAAUUAUUUCAAAUUUAAUUUUGCGAAAAUGCUGUUUUCCAUGUACUCGGUGCUCGAUUUCUCUCAAAUUAUUCGUCUAAAUAUUGACUAACAUUUGUGUAACUUAAAAUAAGAGGAUUUCAGUGUGAAUGUUUAAAAUCCCAGAUAUCUCAAAGAAUAUUUGAAUAGACCUGUGCAUAUUGUCCUUCCACUUUAUAUGUAUGUAUUAUAACGAGAAAAAACCUCUGUAAUAUUAAUUAUAAUCAUGGUAUAAAAACGAGUAUGUCUUCACGGGAACAUGUACUUAACCGGUUCCAACUCGUUAUUUAUCAUUAGUAGAUGAAUUAAUUAUAAUAAUUUUGUUAUUUUCAUGCAUGUUUAAUAAACUUUUGAAGUGAACGACAAGUAUUCCUUACAUUUUAAUCUAUUUCUUUGUAUUCUCCCUUAAUAUACAUUUUCUUAUUGCAUACUUAUAUUUUUUUCUGUUUACAGUUUCUAUAAAGGUACUGUACCUAGACUAGGUCGUGUCUGUUUAGAUGUUUGUAUCAGUUUCAUGAUUUAUGAUUCAUUUAUGGAGAGUUUUCACAAAGUAUGGGACACUAAGAAAUCUUAAAAUAUUUUCAUAUUUAUGCAUUUAUACUAUUCUUGGUUGUGAUGAAAUUCUCCUCAUAUAUAUAUAUAUAUAUAAGAAAUAGUAAUUUUAAAGCACAAUAGUUCAUUCACUUUUUAUUUACAUUUGAAUCUGAUAAAAAAAUAUUUGAAUAAAGAAGUAGAUGGAGAAGAUGAAUACACUUGUUGUAUCCAAUUACUUAUCUAUGUAUUUAUCCAUACACAUAUUUAGAUAAAUCAUUCCAAGCUUUAUUUAUAUAUUCCUCAUAUGGUUGUGCUAAUCUUCUUUGGUUGUGCAAUAAUUCAUACAAAAUUCGGUGAUAUGUUAUUAUUCUUUCGAAAUACAUAGAUUGUCGAAUUUAUUUCUGUUUAUCUACAAUCGAUUAUUGCAUGCUUUUUAUAUAAGGAACAAACUUUACUCUUCCUUUCCAUUUUUUUCUCUUGUUUGAUUUAUUCCUUUUCUCAAUGAAUUUUCUUUUCUUUUGAAAAGAAAAAAACAAUCUUUUGUUCACUAUUAAAAACUACUACCAGUUUGAUGAUAUCGAUUUUUAUGAGUUAACUUAUUCGCACUUGGAUCAAAUAUGUUUACAGUUUUUUAAUCUCUUUCAAUAUGUAUAUCUAUGCCAUUAUUUAUUUAUUUGUUUAUUCACCAAAUGGUUAUUAUUAUUAUUAUUAUUGAUAUAAGUAUUUAUAAACUCUUCUAAUCAAUGUCAAAUUACACCCAAUAAAUGUUUACUAUAUA